AUGGUGAAGCUGAACAGUAACCCCAGCGAGAAGGGAACCAAGCCGCCUUCGGUUGAGGAUGGCUUCCAGACCGUCCCUCUCAUCACCCCCUUGGAGGUUAACCACUUACAGCUGCCUGCUCCGGAAAAGGUUAUCGUGAAGACGCGAACGGAAUACCAGCCCGAGCAGAAGAACAAAGGGAAGUUCCGGGUGCCGAAAAUCGCCGAAUUUACGGUCACCAUCCUCGUCAGCCUGGCCCUCGCUUUCCUCGCCUGCAUCGUGUUCCUGGUGGUUUAUAAAGCCUUCACCUAUGACCACAGCUGCCCAGAGGGAUUUGUCUAUAAGCACAAGCGCUGUAUCCCGGCCUCCCUGGAUGCUUACUACUCAUCCCAGGAUCCCAACUCCAGAAGCCGCUUCUACACGGUCAUCAGCCAUUACAGUGUGGCCAAGCAGAGCACUGCUCGGGCCAUCGGGCCGUGGCUGUCGGCGGCCGCCGUCAUCCAUGAGCCCAAGCCGCCCAAGACCCAGGGCCAUUAG